UUUAUUCCUCACCGGCUCACCCUCUUCCCUACUUUUACGUACAUAUAUAAUUAACCAGCUCACUCUCCCUCUACUUAACAGUCCCACCACACCUCACUGCUCAGACCAACCAUGGCCACCACCACAGCUGCCGUCACGUCACAUUUCUUCGGAGCUCAACUCCAAAACCCUAGCCCUAGCUUCGGAAAGUUCCAAGCUCUCUUUAGCUUCGGCAAGAAGUCACCACCACCACCGCCAAAGAAGGCCCCCAAGAAGCCGGAGACCGACCGGCUUGUGUGGUUCCCCGGCGCCCAACCACCCAAAUGGCUCGAUGGUUCCCUCGUAGGCGACCGCGGAUUUGAUCCAUUCGGGCUGGGGAAGCCGACGGAGUACUUGCAGUUUGACUACGACGGGUUGGACCAGAACCUGGCCAAGAACUUGGCUGGUGAUGUGAUCGGGACCAGGAUCGAAGCUUCGGACCUCAAUCCGACGCCGUUGCAGCCGUACACGGAGGUUUUCGGGCUGCAGAGGUUCAGAGAGUGCGAGCUGAUUCAUGGGAGGUGGGCAAUGCUUGGCUCUCUUGGAGCUCUAGCUGUCGAGGGUCUCACUGGUGUUGCAUGGCAAGACGCUGGGAAGGUUGAAUUGGUUGAGGGAUCAUCCUACCUUGGUCUUCCACUUCCCUUUAACAUUACCACCUUGAUAUGGAUCGAGGUGUUGGUACUAGGGUACAUUGAGUUCCAAAGGAAUGCAGAACUCGACCCCGAGAAGAGGCUAUACCCGGGUGGCAAGUUUUUUGAUCCAUUGGGUUUGGCCGCCGACCCAGAAGAGAAGGAAAGACUUCAACUGGCUGAGAUCAAGCAUGCUCGUCUGGCUAUGGUGGUCUUCCUUGUUUUCGGUAUUCAAGCAGCUGUGACCGGAAAAGGACCUAUCAGUUUUCUAGCUACCUUUAACAAAUAACCAAUUCACAUAUCAAUCUUAUGAGUUCAUUCAUCUCUCUUCCUUUAUCCAAGACCUUCUCUUAUAUAUAUGCCAUUAUCUUUCUCUUUUUGUAUAUGCACAUUCUUAAAUAAUUGCUAUGAUUAUGUUUCCCUGUGUAAUAUACUGCACUUACAUGCA